UGAAACAUUGUAGCAGCUUGACAUAGCGAGAGCGCGUUUGCAGUGCGUUCGCUUCUGUUUCUGUGUCUCGCGGAUUAUGAGAGCGCGGGAAGGAGGUGCUGAGGGCCGCGGGAGCUGAGUCACCGUGAAUCAUCUAUAUGGGCCAUUUUCUCUCAAAAAAUGGUUACAGCCUGAAGAAGAAGAAGAAAUCACGGAAGCUGCGCAAGAAGAAGAGGAGGAGGAACUGCUUCCUUCAGGGUCCCUGCAUGCUGUGCUUCAUCGUGCACGGCACCAGCGGGAGCGUCGAGGACGACUGGCCCUUCGAGAGCGCGGUGGCAGCGGCUUCCAAACUCGCCGAGCGCUACGUGUCACUGAACUCGCCCGAGGAGUGCGCCAAGUUCCUCCUCUCUCCGGGAGAGCUGGCCGUUUGGGAGGGCCAGGGUCGGAGUCUGCUCUCCAAGCUGAUCGGACCCCCGGCGCUGUUCUGUGCCGCGGACUAUUCGGAAAUGGUGUGCAAGCGCAAGUGUGCUGAGCUGCAGCGGUGUACGCCCCGCAAGCAGCCUCGCUGUGCCUUCCAGGAGACCAUGGAGAACGGAGAGGAGCGAGGAGACAGCCGGUGCCUCCUCCCUUCGCUGCCUUCAUCCUCCUCUUCUUCCUCUCCUUCAGAGGAGGACGGCUCCGGCGCGGGGCGGCAUACAGACGCGGGCUCCGCCGCAACCUCCUCUUCCUCCUCUUCCUCCUCCUGCUGCUGUCAGCUGUCCCAAAACGAGAGCUCGGAGGAGGCAAAGAGCGCUGAAAGUACAGACACGUCCCACAUUAACCAGCUGCCCUCAUCGAUACUGCUCAAGGUGUUUUCUCACCUGUCGGUGAAGGAGAGAUGUCUGGGUGCGUCUCUGGUCUGUAAGUACUGGCGCGAUCUCUGCUUAGACUUCCAGUUCUGGAAACAGAUCGAUCUCAGCGGCCUCCAGCAGGUUAAAGACGAUCUCCUGGUGAAGAUCGCGUCCCGGAGGCAGAACGUCACUGAGAUCAACAUCUCCGACUGCCGUAACGUUCAGGAUCACGGCAUCUGCUCUCUGGCGUCUAACUGUCCCGGUCUGAUCAAAUACACGGCGUACCGCUGUAAGCAGCUCAGCGACGUGUCUCUGUGCACCGUGGCCAUCCACUGCCCGCUCCUGCAGAAAGUGCAUGUCGGCAACCAGGACAAACUCACUGACCACGCUCUCAAACUGUUGGGCGAACACUGCAAAGAGCUGAAGGACGUGCAUUUCGGCCAGUGCUACAGCAUCAGUGACGAGGGUCUGGUGGCGCUGGCGCAGGGGUGCAGCAAACUACAGAGGAUCUACAUGCAGGAGAACAAACUGCUCCUGAAGGCAUGAGAUCUGUCCCC